AUGGACAUCUCGUGCAGAGAAGGCGAUGUUCCGGGCACAGUCGAUUUAAGAGCGGCCGAAGGCGACGACACCGCCUUCGGGCAGGCUUGGUUCCCAGUGCCCGCCGAGGACCCUGAUGAUCCACUGCAAUGGCCGACAUGGACGAAGACUUCUAUAUUGGUCAUCUGCUCGCUCUACUCGUUCUUCUCCAUCACAGCUUUGCUCGGCCCUUCCUUCAGUCUACAUUGCCAUGCCAUCUAUGCGGAGCAAUUUGGAAUCACACCAACGAAGCCCUCCGGGCUGGUCUCGUACCCCAAUUUCCUAUAUGGAGUUGGCACUCUGGUUACAGUGCCUAUGUAUCUGAAAUUUGGGAGAAGACUAGUAAUACUGUUGAGCCUGGUCGUAUACCUUGCUGGAUUGAUCGGAUGCAGCCGAGCAAACGGGCUGAUGACUGCUCGAUUGAUCCAUACUCUGUCGAGUGGGGUGUGCGAAGUCCUGCCUGUGCAGCUGGUCAACGACAUCUUCUUCCGGCCCUUAUACGCAGGCUACAUGCUUGCUGGUGGCGAAUCCUGGAGACUGUACUUCUACGUCGAAAUCGCGUUCGCUGCCGUGGUGCUCAUCCUGGCGUUCCUGUUCGUCGAAGAGACCUACCUUCUACAAGACGAGACGCUCCGCUCACGCACAUGCCUUCAUCUCUUCUUCACUGGCACCCUCGCGUAUGCGGUCGACUCAUACAACGCGAACGUCCCCGAGAUGCUCAUAGCCAUGUGCGUGGGCAAACAGUUGAUAUCUUUUGGGUUCGGAGAGAAGGUCUUGGAUUGGGUGGCACGGGAUGGGUAUGCCGUAAUCAUAGCCGGGGCGUUUUGUGGUGUCUUGUUUGCCAACAACCUGUGCGUCUUCAUUUUCAUGUUCUUUGGCAAGCGCAUCAGGCGUUUCUAUGCCGGGACUUGGCUUGCUAGGUUUCAUAAGGACACGAUCAGGGAGAUCAUGGCGCAUUGAUCUGCCAAGAGAGCGGUUUCUGGCAUGAGUGGUGCUUCUCGAUACGAGCGGAUAUGCCACGUAAACGGAUGUUGGGUGGCCUCACGGACUGGUUGGUGUCGAUAAUGCCACAAUUACUGCUC